GGCGGUAAUGUGACAGUAACUCUCCGAGCUCGCACACAGAAGAAGAGGAAUGAAACUUUGUUGGUGACCCGGCAUGUGCAUCAUCACGUCUCUGCUGGGCCGCGGGACAUGUGUGAGCCUGACAGACCUUUCCCUGGAUAAGACACCGGUUUUAUUUACACCCAGAAAGUCACAUUUAAUAAAGUAAUAAAACGAAAAAAAAUGCCCAAGAAGACGAAAGAAGAGGCGGAGUGGGUGGACGACGAAGCCGCCCCGGCAGCUGCAGAGAAAACAGUGAAAAAGGGGAAGAAAGACAAAAAGGGCAAAAAGAGUUUCUUCGAGGAACUCUCCACAGAAAGCAAACCCGAGAAAGCCGAUGAGGUGGCUGUGAAAGAGACGCAGGGAAAACAGAAAAAGAAGAAAGACCGGCGGAAAGGAAAAGGAGGAGAUGCAGACGAGGACGAUGACGAGGACGUCAUGCUGAAGCUGAAAAAACUCUCGGUGCAAGCGAGCGACGAGGAAGACGAGCCAGUCGUCGCCCCCGCCAAAGGAAACAAGAAGAACAAGGGUGGAAACAUCUUUGCUGCUCUCAGCCAGGGCCAAAGUGACGAAGAGGAAGGAGAAGGAGAGGAGGACGAGGAGGAGGAAGAAGAAGAAGAAGUAGUAAAACCAGUAAAAAAGGAGGUUGAGAAAGACAAGAAAAAAGAUAAGUCUAAGCCCAAGAAGGCAAAGGCUGUGUCCGAUGAGGAGGACGAGGUAGAGAAGGAUGACGGUGAUGAGAAAACUACAAAGAAGGCCAAUAAGGUAGAAGUCAAGUCCAAGUCACCAGAAAUCGACGAGAAGCCAAAGAAGGGGAAGAAAGAGCAACCCAAGAAAGCGAAACCUGCUCCACGACCACCGAGCGAGGAUGAAGACGAGGCGGAGAAUGACAGUGACGGAGGUGACAUGAUGAUGAGCGCUGAGGACGCCAUCGCCGACCAGGCCAAGCAGCAGGAAGAUGACCCGUAUGCCAACCUGAGCAAAAAGGAGAAGAAGAAGAAAAAGAAACAGUUGGAGUAUGAGCGUCAGGUGGCCAGUGUUCGAGCUCAGAACGCCAUGGAGGGCGAUUUCUCCAUUUCCCAGGCCGAGAUGUCGUCCAGACAGGCCAUGCUGGAGAACGCCUCCGAUAUCAAGCUGGAGAGGUUCAGCAUAUCUGCUCACGGCAAGGAACUCUUUGUCAACGCCGAUCUGCUGAUUGUGGCGGGAAGACGAUACGGUUUAGUUGGACCAAAUGGAAAAGGAAAGACCACUUUAUUGAAACACAUAGCCAACAGAGCUCUCAGUAUUCCUCCCAACAUCGACUGUCUGCUGUGUGAACAGGAGGUGGUAGCCGAUGACACUCCGGCGGUGCAGGCGGUGUUGAAGGCCGACACCCGACGUCUGAAGCUCCUGGAGGAGGAGAGACAACUCCAGGCUCGUCUGGAGAAGGGAGAGGACAGUGUGGCUGAGAGGCUGGACAAGGUCUAUGAAGAGCUAAGGGCGAUUGGAGCCGCAGCAGCCGAGGCCAAGGCGAGAAGGAUCCUGGCCGGUCUGUCUUUUACCCCUGAGAUGCAGAACAGACCCACCAAGAGGUUCUCCGGAGGGUGGAGGAUGAGAGUCUCCCUCGCCAGAGCUCUGUUCAUGGAACCAACUCUGCUGAUGCUGGACGAGCCCACCAACCACCUGGACCUGAACGCCGUCAUCUGGCUCAACAACUACCUUCAAGGCUGGAAGAAGACCCUCCUCAUAGUUUCCCAUGACCAAAGUUUCCUUGACGAAGUGUGUACAGACAUCAUCCACUUAGACAACCAGAAACUCUACUAUUACAGAGGGAACUACUUGACCUUCAAGAAGAUGUACGUGCAGAAGCAGAAGGAAAUGCAGAAACAGUACGACAAGCAGGAGAAGAAACUCCGAGAUCUGAAGGCUGGUGGCAAGUCCACCAAACAGGCCGAGAAGCAAACUAAGGACGCUCUGACCAGAAAGCAGCAGAAAGGCAAGAAGAAGGGAGGUCAGGAGGAGGAGAGCCAGGACGCCACGGAGCUGCUGAAGAGGCCUAAAGAAUACACCGUCAAGUUCACCUUCCCCAACCCACCUCCUCUCUCACCACCCAUCCUGGGACUACACAGUGUUGACUUUGGCUAUGUGGAUCAGAAGCCUCUCUUCCUAAACGUGGACUUUGGAAUUGACAUGGAGUCCAGGAUCUGUAUAGUUGGACCCAACGGCGUUGGGAAGAGUACACUGCUGCUGCUGCUCACUGGGAAAUUAAAUCCUACUAAAGGUGAGAUGAGGAAGAAUCAUCGCUUGAAAGUGGGUUUCUUCAACCAGCAGUAUGCUGAUCAGCUGAACAUGGAGGAGACGGCCACAGAGUACCUGAUGAGGAACUUCAACCUUCCCUACCAGGACGGCAGGAAGUGCUUGGGACGUUUCGGCCUGGAGAGCCACGCGCACACCAUUCAGAUCUCCAAACUGUCUGGUGGUCAGAAGGCCAGAGUAGUGUUCGCCGAACUGUCCUGUCGUCAGCCCGACGUUCUGAUCUUGGAUGAACCGACCAACAACUUGGACAUCGAGUCGAUUGAUGCCUUAUCAGAGGCCAUCAACGAAUACAAAGGAGCCGUGAUCAUCGUGAGUCACGACGCCCGGCUCAUCACGGAGACUCAGUGCCAGCUGUGGGUAGUGGAAGACCGCGCGAUCAACCAGAUCGACGGUGACUUCGACGAUUACAAGCGGGAGGUUCUGGAGGCUCUGGGAGAGACCAUGGUCAACAAGGUCAACCCAUGAUCACGCAGAGCUGCUGCUGCCAGGACACACUGCUGCGCUACGCCGUGUCCCUGGAUCAUACGCUACCUACACUGGGUCUGGAGAGGUCGGCAUGUCUCACAAAGUAACACUGAUAAUAAAAAAUAUUGGAUACUGGAUCUUCCGGACUGUAACAUCAUGAACAGGGUGGAGCUGGACGGAUAAUAGAGGGUUCGUCCUGUUAUUAAUUUCUAUGAAUAUAGAGGGAGGUAAAAAUGUCAAGAUCUACUAAAGCUGAACAAUAAAACAAUUUUUCAUCA